AUGAGACCGGAAUCGCCAGAUGGUAAAGCUGGGCCGGCCCAUGAUGUGUCUAUAGAUCCCAGCCUCAUGGAGCAGGUUGGGCCGUCGGAUAUCGACACAGUAGCGGAGCGACGCUUCUUAUGGAAGCUUGAUCUCAUCGUGCUGCCUCUCCUUGCCAUCAUCUAUUUUACGCACUCGCUCGACCGGGCCAACCUGGGCAACGCCAAGACGGCAAACCUAGAAGCGGACCUGGGACUGCAGGGGAACCAGUACUCGCUGGUCCUCAUCCUGUUCUACAUACCCUACGGGACCCUCAAUGUGCCGCUGACCAUUGCGGCGCGGCGGCUGUCGCCCGCCGUCGUGAUCCCGGCGCUGAUGCUGGCCUGGGGCGCCAUCUCGGCCGCGUCGGCGGCCGUGACGGGGUUUGGGGGGCUCUUGGCGGCGCGCGUCUGCCUCGGCGUCGUCGAGGCCGGAUUCUUCCCCUCUGCCGUCUAUUAUCUCACUCUCUUUUAUACCCCCACCGAGGUGGCCAAGCGCAUCGGUCUCUUUUAUGCCAUGGGCUUUGUCGCAAAUGCGUUUAGCGGGUUGAUUGCUUGGAGUGUCUUUCAGUGGAAAGACAAGCCAUUACAUAAUUGGCAAUACCUUUUCAUCAUCGAAGGCAGCAUGACAAUAUUUCUAGCAAUCGUCGCAUUCCUCCUGCUGCCACGAUCCGUCGAGACAUCCCAGUACUUUAACGCCAGCGAUCGGGUCAUUGCCCGGGAGAGGGCCGCCGCGUCAGCACAGCUCGAAGCCGAGGUCUUUUCCUGGCGAUCGACCCUCCUGCCCCUGGCCCAGGGCGAGACAUGGUUCUUUGCCGCCAUGGCGCUAUCGUACGGUGUAGCGUGUGCCUCGGUACCCAAUUUCCUGCCCACCAUGAUCAAGCGACUCGCCGCCGGCGACACCGUCAGGGCCAACCUGUACACGAUUGCGCCAAACUUGUCGGGCGCCGUCUUCAUCGUCACCGUGUGCGCCCUCUCGGACCGGCUGCGAAGGCGCGCACCGUUCAUCAUCCUCAGCACCGUGGUCGCCAUGCUGGGCUUUAUCCUGCUCGGCACGCUGGAUCUGACGCGGCUCGUCGGCGUCGGCUACUUUUGCACAUUUCUCAUCACGUUUGGCACAUUUACCUCGGCUGUGCUGGUGCCGGCGUGGGUUUCGAGCAAUAUUGCGUCGCGCUCUGCCCGGGCGACUACACUGGGGUUGAUCUCUGGCAUGCAAAAUCUCGGCGGUAUUAUCAGCAGUGUCGUCUUCCGGGCCGAGGAUGCACCAGUGUAUCGACCGGCGCUGGUUACAAGCGGUGUAUUUCAAGGGUGCGUAGUUGUUCUUGCGGCUGCUGGCUGGAUUUGGUAUUGGCACGAAAUCAAGAAAUUGGAAAAAGACGGACAAAAGCAACGUCGCAUGUUGUAG